ACCACCAGAGGGCAUAGUACAAGAUUUAUGGAGGCAUGUUUUAUCUGAGUUUAAUAGAACACACACUGAGAUUGCCGCCUCAUCUCCUAAGUCUUCCACUCAAUGAAUCAAUCAGAGGAGAACUUGAGGGUCUCUUUGUGGAUAAGGUUAUUGCAAGUUUGGGCCUCGUGAUAUCUAUUUACGAUAUUCGCUCCAUAGAUGGUGGUUUUAUUUAUCCAAGUGAAGGUGCCUCAACAUAUACGGUCAAGUUUAGACUGGUAGUGUUUCGCCCAUUUGUAGGAGAAGUAAUAACUGCUAGACUCAAAGAGUCCAAUGCAGAGGGUUUGCGCUUGUCGCUUGGAUUUUUCAGUGACAUUUAUGUACCCGCACCUUUAAUGCCAGUUCCAUCACGUUCUGAACCUGAUCCGGAAAACCAGAACCAAGUCAGGUGGAUAUGGAUGUUUGAUGAACAAGAAUAUCCGAUUGAUGGCGUAGAUGAGAUUAGGUUCCAAGUUCAUAAUGUUAGUUAUCCAUCAAUACCUCUUGAGCAAGAUAAAGAUUCAAAGGCAUUUGCACCAAUGGUUAUAAAGGGAUCUCUUGAUGCUGAUGGUCUAGGACCCAUUUCAUGGUGGAUAUAGCGGAAUUGCUGUAGAAUCUUUGACAAGGAACCAUACAGUUAUUUUUUUGUUGAUGGAGAGAAACGGUGUAAUUCACCUCAUGAGAGAGCAGCAAAAUGAGAUCUUUUGAGUUAAUUCAAAUUUCUUUCGUUUGGUUUGAGGUAUAAGCCAAGUUCAUCUUGGUUGACAAAUCGGUAUUGCUUUAUAGCAUGUUUGGUUUCCGGUA